CGCCUUUGUUCUGCGGAAUUCUCCCGCGUCUACUGUGUGGCCUGUCAGUUGUAUAUUUCUGGCUGUUCUUCCUCAGCUUCAGUAAGACGACGGCCAUGCGAGUUCAACCCAUCCUUCGACCUCCGACAUGGUGCACUCUCGGCACGUGCGUGACUGGAACAAGCAAAUUGACGAAACCUCGUGGCUGAUCGGAAGCAAGCACAUCAUCCGCCACGUGCCGGGCCCUUGCGAGGCCAACUACAUUUGGAAGAACGACAAAGAUGGCUCGUGCUAUAUACUCUCUGAAGAGGUAGAUCCCGUUCCUGAUGCCGGCCCGCUUCCCCCCGACGGCCACGUCCGCCAGAUUCACGACGCUGGUGACGCAUCCGCGGUGUUCAGCUUCAGUGAUGCCCUUAUCCUCAAGUCAGGAUUGCCGAUGACGCACUCGGCGAGAUGUCUUUUUCAUACCGAAGAGGCGGGAAAGGUCUACUUACUGGAGCCCUAUGUUCCUGGCAAGCGGCUCAACGAGGCCUGGUGGGAUAUAGCCGAGUCCGAGAAGGGGCGCGUCGUAACCCGGGUCGCCGAGAUUGCCUCGAAACUCAAGGCUUUCCAGUCCGAUGCACUGACGAGCGUCGACUACGGUGGGAUAGACCCCUUCCAGGAACAGAGAGACUACAGCGUAGAGGCCCUUCAACGACAAUGCGAAUCGCUGGGCAUGGACUGUCCGGUGCUUGUGCCUUCCCACAACGAUCUCGGGACAACUAACAUCAUCAUCAACGAAGCCCGGAUCGCCGUCCUCGACUGGGAGCUGGCUGGGUACUGCCCCCUGGCAUGGGUGCGGACCAAGUUCGCUGUUUGCGCAGCCUUACAUACAGACAGCGAGUACAGGGUGCGUGUCGAGCAGAAGUUGGGAGAAAUGGGCUUUCCCGAGGUGAAGGAAGAAUACAAGAAGAUGGAGACGGAGCGUCUCCUGGAAUAG